CUGAGCAGGACGGGUGACAAUGGAAACUUCACACUUCUGUUUACAGGAAAUCAGACACACAGCUGCAGAUACACCAGCAGUAUUAGUGCAGCGCUAUCUACCAUCCUAUAUGUCAGAAUGUGUUUGAUGUGUAUGCCAGAAUGAUGAACCUUUUCUCCGUAGGCCUGCUGCUGCUCUACCUGAGUGGGCUCAGAGACGGUAAAGUGAUUCAGGUGGCUCCUGGCAGUGAUGUGAGUGAGAGAUGUAAGAGCAGCUGGGACGGAACCAGAACCAACGACAUACAGCUGAAGAUGGACAACACGGCCCAUCUCCUGGUGCAGAACUUUCAAGAGAAAAGACGCUACACAUGCUACGAUGAGGAGAUCAUGCUGGAGAGGAGACAUGCCUCUUCAGGAGACACCAGCCUGCUGUACAGAGCUGUGGGUCAGUCUGCCCAUCUCUUCUGCAAACACCUGGGCUCUGAGAGGUACACAGGCACAUGGGGCUGGAGACAACAUAGGGGCAGAGAUAUCAAACCCAUCUCUAACAGCUCAGAGCCCUUUACAGGGCGAAUAUCUAAAAUAGGAGGGGGAGAUAAUGACUUCUCGCUGGACAUCUCCUCUGUGGAGUGGGGUGACUCAGGGCUGUUCCGGUGUACAAUGACACAGCCGGGAGAAGGCUCAACGAAACAGACAUUCUACAAACUGGUGGUUAUUCAGGCCACAGUGGAGCCCCAGCGUGUGUAUGAGGGAGGAGACGUGACCCUGCGCUGCUCUCUCUCUCACCUGAAGACACCUGGGCAGGUGUGCUGGAUUUACCUGGACACCAACAACCAUUGCAGUCACCAUUACCGUAGUUCCGCGAGUCACUGUGAGACUAACGCAGCUGCUGUCUCUCACAUCGUGAGCAACAUCAGGUCAGACCAAAGCCAGUGGGCCUGUGCAGUUUUCCACAAGGACACACUGAGAGCUCUGCUGCCUGUCCAGCUGAACGUGUCCAAACACACCACAACACAACAAACCACCACACACACGACGACGGUGCGGAGGGCCACAACUCUGAUGGGAACACACAGUGAGAGCGCUGAGGAUACCAGUAGUAGCAUCACGGCAACAGACCACACAGAGUUAUCGGCAGGAGUGAGUGUCCUACAUGUCUGUGUCAUGAGUGUGUGUGGCCUGCUUGUGGUCAGCUUGGUGGCUCUGACCGCUCUGCUGCUGUGGAAACUCACAGAAAAAGAUGUAGAAGUGUGUGAGGAUGAGGAUGAACGUAAGACAGCAGGUGAAGAGUCGUGUGCUGAGGGGCUUUUGCCCCACAGAGGGAAUGUGACAUACGCAUCGGUGCACUUCAAGAGAAAACCCACUGAGGAUCUGAGCAAAGUUUUCUCACAUGUUGCACCUACAGAUCCUCCUGCUGCUGCUGGUGGCACUGAGGAGGAGGAUGUCACAGUCAUAUACGCUGGACUGAAGAUGAAUUCAUGCAUUUAAAACAGAGACUCAUUUCAUUGAUUGAGAGCAGUCUUACUCAGAAGUGUGUCUGAGGGAUAAAUCCUCUGGAGUAGCCCUGUGGUGUCCAAAACCUGAUAGUUUGGGUACAGUGUGCGUCGGGGUCCGGUUCGCCCUGUCGGUCCUUAUUUUCCCGAUAUUGACCAGCGUUCUGCUACAUUAUCCCUUACUUAACUCACCGCAGAACGUUGGGGAGGCCCAUUCAAAGUGAAUGGGAGCUCUCUCAAAAUUCUAGAGAGCCGUAUAAUAAGCAAUAAUAAGCCAUAUUCUAAACGUUAUAUAUUAUGUGUUAUAUUAUGUAUUCUGUUUAUGGUGGCCUUGUUUUAUGAUGCACAUCAUACCCUUGUAAAUAUAAGAAGAACAGUUGCAACCGCUUGUAAGAAGAACAAAAAGUAAUAAAGUGUGAUGUG